GUUCUAAAGGUUCUAAACGGAAAAAGAAAGCUGUGAUGAGCAACCAUAAUAAUCAAGGAGGCAGUAGGAGUGAGUUGAACGAAAAUUUUCAGCAAGCAGGCGGCUCAAGGCAACAAGGUCAAAGACCGAAUCCCAUUGAGGAUGUAAUGGACGCUUUUAAGAGCAUUGCCCUCACGGCAGGCUCUGGUGCGAUUCUUGCUUCAAAUUGGCAAUCUACGUCACUGAUUGAUACUGGUAGAGAACCCCGAAAAGGUCAAGGUAAUAACAGAAAUCAAAAUACAACAGAUAUUAAUAAUGGGUCUGACGAAGGAAAUAAGAAUAAAGGCGCCGCCACUGGAAAAUUUGUAGAUG